CCACGGGUUUAUCAAGCCUCACCACAAUUUUUGGACUCGGGAAUUUAAAAAGGCCCCGGAACACACUUCUCCUGACGGGAACCCUUUAAAAACAAAGCUGCUGUUUUGGAUUUCUGGGUCCUUCAACUUUCUUCAAAGGUGCCGACAUCAAGUGCAUUGUUUGUGUCUCUGCCUUCAGUUUCUUUUUAGUUGUUUGCCUCCCACAAAAGAAAGACAAACUCAACAGCAACUGCUAAAAACGUUGGACAAAAACAAGGCUGUCUUGCUGGAAUGAAUAUAUCUGAGUCUAGUUACUGCAGAGAGGAGAGUUCUCAGCCCAGGGGCGAGCGUUCAUGGGUCGCUGCCCCCAGCCCCGGUUCUGACCGUGGUCUGGGCUUCGACCGAACCCUUGUCGGACACUUGGGACCAGUGGUUGGAGCAGGACUGGGAGCAGAGGAACGGACUGCCAGCCCUGACUCUGCCAAAUCGGGAGCUAAGGUUCUGGGGAUCUCCGAAGGGAAGACAGGAGUGGAGAACCGCAUCCGCAGGCCCAUGAACGCCUUCAUGGUCUGGGCUAAAGAUGAGCGGAAACGACUCGCACUGCAGAACCCUGACUUGCACAAUGCCGUGCUCAGCAAGAUGCUGGGCCAGUCAUGGAAGUCCCUGAGCACCCCGGAGAAGCGUCCGUUCGUGGAGGAAGCGGAACGCUUGCGGCUCCAGCACCUUCAGGACCACCCCAACUACAAAUAUCGGCCCCGGAGGAAAAAGCAGGCCAAGAAAAUCAAGCGUAUGGAACCUGGACUGCUGCUGCACAGCCUAUCCCAGCCCUGCAGCGGCACCGGGCGUGGCAGAGCGGUCACCGAGGGAUACGGUCGGCCCGGGCAACAAGCUCACCACCACCGCUUGCUGCCGUCCCUCAGCCACUUUCAUGACCGGCAUCCCAGCGGGCCAGACUUCGAGAACUACGGCCUGCCCACGCCUGAGAUGUCACCCUUAGAUGUGCUGGAGGAAGGAGGGGACUCGGUCUUCUUUCCUCCGCACAUGCAGGAAGACCUGAGUCUGUCACCGUGGAUUAACUACCACCACCAUCACCACCAGGGACAUGGGCUCGGGCACAGUCAGGCCCACAGGCAUCCUCAGCAGGGCCAGAAGGUGGCCCUGGAACGCCGGCCAGACAAGUGUCAUGUGCUCGGGGCCACAAACGGUCAGUACUCCCAGGGCCCCAGUGGCCUACUGGAAGUCGACAAGGCUCCUCUGUCAGCCAGCAGCGUGUACUACACCCAACUCUACACAGGGGGCCAGCAGGCCGGCUUCACGUCCCACCUGGGCCAGCUGUCCCCUCCACCCGAAUCCUCCACCACUCACUCUGCGCCCCUUGUCCCUGGCCUUGACUCUGUGGAACAGCUUGGCCCCUCCUCUGAGUUCUGGACGGAAGUGGACUGCAAUGAGUUUGAGCAGUACCUGAGCACGAGCCGGACUCGUCCAGAGGGUACGGCGACAGCGGCGCAGGGCUACGGCGCCGUCGUGUCUAAGCUGGCCAGCAGACACAUAUCCUGUGAGCAGAGCAGCCCCCUGAUAUCCGCCCUGUCGGACGCCAGCAGUGCCGUCUACUACAGCACCUGCAUCACUGGCUGAAGCCAGCAGAGCUCAGGCGUGACCAAUGAGAUUUCCUGUCCUAUGCAUUCCUCCGUUCUAAUUUGCAGAUAUGACUCAUUCAUAUAUUUUCAAUAAGCGUGAGGAUAAUUCCUCCUUUGUACACUUCUUCAUAAUCUUUUUAAUUCUGGUUUCAUUUUUUUUUUGUUUCCAAAUGUAGUUUUGAAGUGUUAAAGUUUAAGGGCAAAAAAUACUUUCUAAUUUAAUUAAAACACUGGGCUUUCAAGUACUGAAACAUGGGUUUCAUCCAACAUUCGAUAUGCUUGUACAUUCUACAAAUUAAAUUCAUUCUCAUAUCAUUUGUCCUCGUGAGGAAUAUUCUCUCCAAAAAAUAGAACAUUUUUGGAAAUGUAAAUUUUAUUUAUCAUUAAAAAAUUGUUUGUACUUUUUCCAAAUGGAUUAUGAAAUUUAUGUUCUUGUUUAGGGAUGUUUUAGAAGAAUUUUUAUAUAUAAAGAAACAACAGUGCAGUUCAAAGUAACUCAGCAAUCAAAGCUUCAAUUUAAAUUAAAAUUCCAGGUCAUGUACAAUAAUGAAUUGAUCAUAAUUGUGUCUCUUGCCAUAAAAGAACUUGCAAUAAUAAUUUGUUUAUUAUAACUCUGACCCUUGUCUGUAAAUAGUCUUUUUUAAGAUGUCUUUAUGUGAAGAUCUGCCUUUAGUAAUUUUACUAAAUAAAAUUGUUUACUACAA